AUGGAACUGGCGUGGGGUCAGAAGGCUUUGCUCUGCGCUUCCCGUGACUUUCACCCCCCAGGAAACGCGGCACGAGGGAGUGGAAGCACAGCUUUCCGGAUGUGGAAUCUGGAAAAGGCAAAGAGCUUCUCAGAAGCAGCCCUCCCCUCAAAGUGUAGGCAAACUGGAAAGGGCCGUGCUGCAGACAGACUGGGGAUUUUCCAGACCCGACCCUGGGCAGCCGCCUGUCCUCCGGCUUCACGCGAAGCCCAGGCAGGCAGGUCUCGGUCCCCGCGUCACUUCUCUUCCGACGACCUGGAGCAGGGUGCGAGCCCCAAGGAAGCGCUCUCUCUGGAGGCCGGGCUAACCCACAACCGGUUAGCGACCGCGCAGCCACAGCGAGGCGCCGCCUCCGUGUUUGUUGCUGGGUCGGAGUUCUCGAAGUGCUCCGUGUUCGUGCAGAAGUGGCCCCUGUGCAGUGAUCAGCAUCUGCCGACAGCAGCUCUGGUGGCGCUGUCCUUCAGCGGGGCGAUUGGGCUGACCUUUCUGAUGCUGGGAUGUGCCCUGGAGGAUUAUGGUGUCUACUGGCCCCUGUUCGUGCUGGUCUUCCACGCUGUCUCACCCCUGCCCCACUGCAUCACCAAGAGGGUCACCUAUGACUCGGACGCGGCCAGCAGUGCCUGCCGGGAGCUGGCCUACUUCUUCACCACCGGGAUCGUCGUGUCUGCCUUUGGGUUUCCUGUCAUUCUGGCUCGUGUGGCCGUGAUCAAGUGGGGAGCCUGCGGCCUGGUGCUGGCAGGCAACGCUGUCAUUUUCCUGACAAUUCAAGGUUUUUUCCUCGUCUUUGGAAGAGGAGAUGAUUUUAGCUGGGAGCAGUGGUAGCGUUUUGCAUAGACAGAGCCCUGCGUCCCUUAGACCUUGUACUGUGUGUGUUUGUGUACACACAUGGCUUUGCUAUGGCGUUUAUAUGCUGAGCUUUUAUACCUUUCUAUCGUGAUCAUUUGUAAGGAAGACUCCGUCAGUAAGAGUUUACUUUAUUUCCAGCAAGUAGAAGUUGAGGUAUGGCAUUUGUUUGGCUCUUCAUGCGCCUGCGGUGUGUUCAGAGUCAGCGCCGUAUGUGGACAGCUGCUCACUUGGGCAGCGAGACAGAGUUGCCCCUGUGUGUCCCAGGCCUGCGCUUCUCCAAGCAGGGUGGCAGCAGAUCAGGGCAGCAGCAGAACCCUGUUAGAAACGCGGCUCCUAAAGCCCCACUCCCGAGCGACUCAUGUGCAUGUAACGCUCCAGGAGUUUUGCCGUGGAGGAGUAAGCAUCAUCCCUGACUUAGCCUCUCUGGGCGUCACCUGCUCCUUUGGAAGAAAAUUCCCCACCUGCCCGGGUGUCUGAGGUUCACGCUGCAGUACACGUGCUCUUUGUCACACCUGUGGCAGGUGUUCUCAGCAGGGAACAGGUAUGCCCUCCACCACCCGAGACGCAGUGGCUGUCGUCACAGUGCUGGAGGGGAGGCCGGGCCUACGGGCCCUUUCUUCGUCAUGGCUCUGACUUCCACACCUUAAAAAGACACGAGGCCAAGGGGGCAGCAGAGUGGAUCACUUAGUUUUAUUGACGUUUUGAUGUUCUUCUUAUCCUUCAUGUAAAACUUUAAGCCACCUGUAAAUGAAUCAUUAGCAGUGCAGGUCAUGUCAAAUCCUGUGGUCAUGGCUUUUCUAACUCAAGACCUGUUGAGAAAAGGAAAUAUGAAAAAUGGAACCACGCGAUCGGAUUACAACCAGUGACUUUAAACAUUGGCGUGCAGCCACUGCUGUGUGUUUGGAACAUGUCCGCCUUGAGGUUUGAGCCCCGAGGGACCGGUGCUCCCUCCCCAGCCAGGGCUGCGGGGGUAGAGGACAGAAGAGCGUGGCGCCUUGAGGAUUAUGUGCAAUGCUGUGUUUUGACCCUGUGCAGGAUCUCACUUUUUCAGGGUUCUGUUUACAUGUAGAAUUCUUCAAGUUGUUAUUCCCAUUAUUUACAUUAGAAAAAUCACUUACUUUAUAAUUUUAAGCAGCAUUUUAAAUCAUGACACUUGGCACUUAUUGUACUGUAAUAAAUUUCACUUUUAACAUAAAAGAAAAGUUUACUUUUUAAAGCCUUUAUUCUGAUGUCGCCCUGCUUAAAAGAUAAUGAAAAGGUGAGACUUUCUCGAUGUUAUGAGGUGUGGGCAGUUUUGAGCAAUAAUUUGUCCUUGCUCAGAAUAUAGCAGUGACUCUGGGGACACUAUUUUUGAAUGCCUGGUUGGCUUAUAAGAAUGUUUCUUUGCCUCAGAUGGCAAAAAUGGUCAGUUUAUUCCAUCUUUUGUAGUAGUCUGUUAGUUGUUUAUAUAUAUUUCAAAUAACCCCUCUGUCCCUAAUGUGUAGGCUUAGAGCAUUACCUCUUGGUUGUAUUUUUCCAAAUGAUGUAAAAUACUUGCAUAAAGGACAU